UUAAUCUCUAAACACUUUCCUUUUCAUUUACAUUUUCCCACAAAACUCCUUUCUUUUCUUUUGAUAUUCAUUCAAAUGGCUGCUCCGUUGAGAAUGAUGGAAAUGGUUCUUUUAGUAGUCCUCGUGACUGCGAUCACGACACGUGUAACGGCUCAAUCUAGUUGUACAAAUGUGAUCAUGGGCAUGGCACCUUGUCUUACCUACAUAACCGGAAAUUCCUCAACCCCAUCAUCCUCCUGUUGUUCACAACUUACUAAUGUGGUUCAAACACAACCAGAGUGCCUUUGCUCAAUCCUUAAAACUGGUGCUGGUGCCGCAUUAGGUCUUGCAAUUAAUCGAACACUAGCUCUUGCUCUUCCUAGUGCUUGUAAUGUCCAAACUCCAUCUAUUGAUCGAUGCAAUGGACAGGCUGUGAACAGCUCACACUCAGCCAAUAAGGGUCAUUUCUCACACACUCAGACACACGUGAGAACUCUAUGAGACUCUCAGUACUAUUAGCCCCCCUCAAGCUGGAGUUUGUGACUAGGGAUUACCUUCAGCUUGUCUCUGAGUGUAGAAAACCUUGGUCCUGCCAGUCCCUUGGUGAGAAUAUCUGCAAUUUGAUCCCAAGUUGAAAUAUAUGUGACCUGAAUGUUUUUGUUCUGAACAAGUUCUCUGACAAAAUGAUAGUCAAUGGCCAGAUGUUUCAUUUUACUAUGAAAUACUGGAUUAGAUGACAGAGAAACCGCACUUUGAUUGUCACAAGAUAUCAAUGUUGGAGCAGGAAGCAAGAGAUGAAGAUCCUUAAG